AUGGUAGCUAUCUCAACCUAUUUACUGGUGCAUUGUGCUGCUGUGAGGACCCUUAAAGUGCCAAUUCAAUGUUCUGUUAUUGGCAGUGAUAAAGUCAUACGAGUUGUUCCUGAGAGUGAGAGGGAAACGCAGAUCCUGAAGGCUGCAUUUACCAGGCUUAAGGUGGACCUGUGGCAGCCCAGCAGCACCUUCCACAUCGUCGAAGGUACGGUCACCGACGUGCGAGUGCCACAGAACACAUCCCGAAGUCUGCUACCCUUCCUCCAGCAAGCCAACAUCCAGUACACGAUUCUCAUAUCAGAUCUGCAGAAAGCAAUAGAAAACCAAACUGGUCUGAAGUCAUAUAGGAAUCGAAGGUCCCUCCCUGGGUAUAACUAUGAAGUAUAUCACUCCCUGGAAGAAAUCCAAGACUGGAUGCAUCAUCUGAAUAAAAGUCAUUCAGAUCUUGUUCAUAUGUUCUCUGUUGGAAAAUCCUAUGAAGGGAGACCACUGUUUGUACUCAAGCUAGGUAAAAGAGCACGACCUUACAAGAAAGCUGUCUGGAUAGACUGUGGGAUUCAUGCUAGAGAGUGGAUUGGCCCUGCCUUUUGCCAGUGGUUCGUGAAAGAAGCUCUGCAGACAUACCAGACUGAUCCUACCAUGAGAAGGAUGCUAACUCAGCUGUAUUUCUAUAUUAUGCCUGUAUUUAAUGUGGAUGGAUACCAUUUUAGCUGGACAAAUGAUCGAUUCUGGAGAAAAACAAGAUCAAAGAACUCCAGGUUCCCAUGUCAUGGUGUUGAUGCUAAUCGCAACUGGAAAGUGAAAUGGUGUGAUGAAGGUGCUUCAUUUCACCCAUGCGACGACACCUACUGUGGUCCCUAUCCUGAGUCUGAGCCUGAAGUAAAGGCUGUUGCUCAUUUUCUCCGCAAACAUCGGAAACAAAUAAAAGCCUAUUUGUCCUUCCACGCAUAUGCACAGAUGCUGCUGUACCCUUACUCUUACAAAUAUGCAACUAUUCCAAACUUCAGUUGCGUGGAAUCUGCAGCCUAUAAUGCUGUUAAUGCUCUUCAGUCUGCCUAUGGUGUAAGAUACAGAUACGGUCCUGCAUCUAGCACUUUGUGUGAGUUUCCCUCCAACACAAGUUUACGACUUUCACCUAGCUAUAAUGUGAGUUCUGGCAGCUCUAUGGACUGGGCCUACAAAAACGGUAUCCCCUAUGCAUUUGCAUUUGAGCUGCGCGACACCGGCCAUUUUGGAUUUUUACUUCCUGAGACGCUGAUCAAACCAACCUGCACAGAGACCAUGCUUGCAGUUAAAAAUAUAACUCUUCAUCUGCUGAAGAAAUGUCAUUGAGAGCUAUUUCUAGGAUCUGAAAUUAAGGGCUUUACUUCCAGCAUCAAUGCCUUUCAGUGCAUUUAAUUGUCACAGCAAGCUUAGGCUUAUAGAAGCUA